AUGGCUUGUGCUGAGUUUCCUUUUCACGUGCCAAGUCUCAGCGAGCUGGCUGAAGUGCUGCAGAAGGGGUUGAAGGACAACUUUGCUGAUGUCCAUGUCUCUGUCGUUGAUUGCCCUGAUUUGACAAAAAGUCCUUUUACCUUUCCUGCAAAAGGCAUCUGUGGAAAAACUAGAAUUAUAGAAGUAGGCGGUGUACCUUACUUACUGCCUCUUGUAAACAAAACAAAAGUUUAUGAUCUGAAUAAGAUUGCACAAGAAAUCAAGUUCCCUGGAGCUUUCAUUCUCGGAGCAGGGGCAGGCCCCUUUCAGACUCUUGGGUUCAAUGCUGAGUUCAUGCCAAUUGUUCAAACAGCAAGUGAAAAGAAAUCUCCUGUGAAUGGAAGUUAUUUUGCCCAGGUUAAUCCUGCAGAUGGAGACUGCCUGCUUGAGAAAUACAGUGAGAAAUAUCAUGAUUUUGGGUGUGCAUUACUGGCUAAUCUUUUUGCCAGUGAGGGCCAGCCUGGCAAGGUCAUUGAAGUGAAAGCCAAAAGAAGAACUGGAGUGCUUAAUUUUGUUACUUGCAUGAGACAGGCUCUUGAGAAACAUUAUGGAGAUAAGCCUGUGGGGAUGGGAGGUACCUUCCUCGUUCAGAAAGGAACAGUGAAAGCUCACAUUAUGCCCGCAGAAUUUCCUUCCUGCCCAUUGAACUCUGAUGACGACGUGAAUAAAUGGUUGCGUUUCUAUGAGAUGCAGGCUCCUUUAGUUUGUCUGCCGGUUUUUGUCUCCAGAGAUCCAGGGUUUGAUCUGCGAUUGGAACACACUCAUUUUUUCAGUCAUCAUGGAAAAGGAGGACACUACCAUUACGAUACCAGCCCUGAUACAGUGGAGUAUCUUGGAUACUUCUCACCUGCAGAGUUUCUCUUCCGUAUUGAUCGACCAAAAGAGACUCAUUCUAUUGGGCGAGAUUAA